AUGGAGAAAAUCGUAUUUAAGUAUGAGUCCGAGGAGUUGCAUACACCUAUAUCAUCCAAUGAUGAAGGUAGCAGCAGGAGAUUUCCUGAGUUUAAUGAUAACUAUGCUCACUGUGAGGGGAGAUUUGAGUUAGGAACCAGAUUUGCUACUGUUGAAAGGUUUAAAGAGAUGGUAAAGGAUUCCUUCAUUGCUGAGAGGAGGGAGCUGAAGUGGAUAAAGAACGACAAGGAGAGGGUCAGAGUGGGUUGCAAAGAUGAGGAGUGUCCAUUCCUGGUUCAUUUGUCCUACAACAAAACAUUACAGUGUUAUCAAGUAAAGACGUAUGUGCAAGAACAUACUUGUGCAAGAGAUUUAGGGAGUAAUGCAGCUGAUCAGCAUUGGCUUAGCAAGAAGAUUGAAAAGAGGAUGGCAACCCAACCCCACAUGAACACCAAGGAGGCAACUGAAUUCCUAAGGGAGGAAUUUUUAUUGUGUCCCCACCCUAAGAUGGUCUACAGAGCAGUAGUGGAGGCUGGGGAGAAGAUCAUGGGCAAUGAGAGGGACCAAUACGAAAGGAGCAGGGACUACUGUGAGCAGAUUCUGAAGAGCAAUCCAGGUUCGACGGCCAGGUUGGAGCUCAUGCCAAUUCCAGAAUCACCUCCUAUAUUCGAUAAAUUAAACAUAUGCUUGGAUGCUUGUAAGAAAGGGUUCAAGGAUGGGUGUAGGCCUUUGUUGCACCUAGAUGGUUGUUUUUUGAAAACCUACUACAUAGUUUGGCUUCUAGCAGCAGUUGCGCAGGAUGCCAACAAUCAGUUCUACGUUGUUGCAUAUGGAGUUGUCAGGGCUAAGACUAAGGAUGCCUGGAAAUGGUUCUUGACAAAUCUUUAG